CAUUUUAAUAGCAAUUCAGAUAUUUAUCAGACGACAGUAUAACUAUAAGAAAAACCGUUAAAAGUCCUUAGCUUCUCUCUCUUUUUACCACUCCAGUUAACCUCAAAGCUAGAAAGACUUCAAGUACCUAUUUAAAGAAAUUGUACUAAAGUUGACCCGUCCCCCAAGGAUUCAAGGCCCAAUCGGCCCAAUUUCUACUUACUUAUCUACUAAAAUCCAAGGAAGUCUCGGAAAUCUGAUCUGUCAUUGUCUGCAAUCAUUUGUCAAUGUCAAACGUCAAGGAUUUUCGAACUUCAACUGGGAUGAAUUCUAGAAAUUUUAUCUUAAAACUAGCUUUUGUUUGUUAUUAUUUGUUUACCAUUUUUGCUUAGUUGCUGACGAGGAUUUUUAUUUUAGAUACGUAUGACUUUGAAUUACUUAUUAGUGUUUAAAAUAAAUAUUUUACCGAAAUAGGUCUAUCUAUCUCAUAUCAUAUCUCAACCAAAAACAAGUUAUUAUAAUUAUGGAAGAUCGUAGUGAAACAUCAAAUUCCCAUGAACAUGGCUUGUUACAAGGCUGGUCGAAAAGUGAAAAGUUUAUAUUGCUGGAGUCGCUGAAGACUUACGGUUCUAACAGCACUGAACAUAUUGCUCUUAACUUACAAAAUAAAAGUGAAAAGGACAUUGUAGAAGCAAUAGCAUAUUUUAAGAAAAAGUCAGUAAUCCAUCCGAAAUAUAUUACAAGAAAGAAGAAAGAAAGGAAGAAGGUAAAUGCUGUUUCGCGGGUACCUUUAGGUUCUUGGGCGAAGGUUUUGGCUGAUUCAAUUAACUUCAAAAAGCUCCAAACUGAGACUGCAGCUGCACUCCAUAUUCUUGCUGAAUUUGAAGACUUCCCUCCACUCCCACACGGGGCACCAGAACACAAUAUUGACUUUAGGAAAAUUUAUCAUACAUUAGGAAAUGCGUUAGAGGGCAAAGCCCUUCCUAAAAAUAAAGUGAUAGCCACAAUACUAGAAAAAUGUCUGCUUGAAACAGCCCUGACUAGUAAAUCUUUCAUUAGGAAGAGUACAUUCCGUGGUGUGAUCAAUAGUCUCAGACUGACUGAAGCUGAUCAUUCCCUGGUGCCUCGCAUAACUACAGAACCUGAACUUGCUGCUGUAAGGCACCUGGCUCUUCAAAGAGCUUACAACCCCCUAAACAUCUCUGAAAAUGUCCUCAAACAAUCAGUAUUUACACAAAAAAUGGCUGUUAAAAUAGCAAAAUAAUUUAUGUUCUAGCUAGUUGCUACUUGUAUAAUAUUUUUUACUAUCUUUUAUACUACAUUGAAUAAAAUAUAGGUUCUUACCAUAGUCUUGCCCUAAAUUUUUUAGGUAAUUUGCUUCAAAUUAUUGGAUUGCUUUGCCAAAUUACACAUAAAAAUGUGUGCAAAUUCCACAUUAUGUGCAGUUUGUAUAUAUGUUCCUAAUUUAAGAUGUAAAAUAAAAUAGAUAUUUGUAUAUAA